AUGAGUCUGGGAAAAUUGUGCCUCUUAUUUUCUAGAGGAAUCUUAGUGCUGUUCUUGCAGUUUUCUCUUUCUGAGUACCGUAAUGUGCAAAAUCCUUGCUACUUGAAAAGAGAGUUUUAUCCAAACUAUCAAAAGGAUGGAGACCUAAUUAUAGGGGCCUUUCUCUCUGUAUGGAAGCAGUCCUUUGAUUACAACAAACCGAGAUUUUUCAGAUCUACACCACCAUUUCAUGGUGAAACUUACCGGGUACUGAGCAAAGAGUAUCAAAAUUUCUUGGCCUUCCAAUUUGCUGUGGAUGAGAUCAACAAGGAUCCCCAUUUGUUGCCCAACACAACCCUGGGAUUCCAGAUCUUCAAUAACUUCCAUGACAACAUUAUAACUGUGGAGAAUUCCUUGAAAUGGCUUUCAGGAUGGGGUAGAACUAUCCCUAACUAUAGUUGUGGCAAGCAGCAAAAAUCAGUGGCGGUCAUUGGAGGUAGAUCAACUCCUCUUUCCAUAACACUGGCCAACAUACUAGGACUCUAUAAAAUACCACAGAUCAGCUAUGGUUCAUUUGAUUCCCUCCUGACUGAGAAGGUCAAAUGGCCAUAUGUCUAUCAAAUGGCCAAAAGAGAUUCCACUCUGCAUCUGGCAAUGGUCCAACUGAUGUUGCAUUUUGGCUGGACUUGGGUGAGCCUGGUUCUUUCAGAUGACAUGAAAGGGGAGGAGUUCUUCAAGGAUAUAAAAGAGGAGAUGGAUGGAAAAGGCAUAUGUUUGGCAAUUAAGAAAAUAGUUUCCCAAAUGUCAAGGAAUGAAUAUCAUGAUGAAAUAAAAUUCAUUUUAAGGAUCACUGAAUCAUCUUCAAAUGUGAUUAUCAUUUAUGGAGAUACAAACUCUCUUCAUGAACUUCUUUCAGCAAUAGUACAUCGUCGAUUUCAUGGGAAGUUGAUAGUCACUACUUCUUCCUGGGAUUUUACUAUCAGUGAUUUUGAUGGAGUGUCUGUAGAUUUCCAUGGUACAAUAGUGUUAUCUCAUACCAAUAUCGAUGUUCCUGAUUUCACAGAUUUCCUUCAAACAGUGAAUCCCAUAGAAAACCAUGAGGACAUUUUUCUGAAGGCUUUCAUGGAAUCAUUAUUUGAUUGUAGAAUUUCAGAAGAAACACCUGGAGAAAUGAUAUUAAAUCCUUGCUCAAAAUCUUUUUCCUUGGCUGAAGUUGAUCCUACCAAACUUGACAUGAUCAUGACUGACUUGAGUUCUAAUGUCUACCAUGCUGUGUAUACUGUAGCUUAUGCCCUCCAUGAAAUUCUCCAGAUUCAUUCAAAGGAAACAUCAGAAUUUGAAGGAACCCCAGAAUUUUCUUGGAAGCUCCACAGUUUUCUGAAGUGCACCAACUUGGAUGAUUCCAGUGAUGAAACAUGUAGGGAUAAAGCCAGUUUGGCUCCUGAGUCUUAUGAUAUCUUGAAUUUUAAAGCCUUUUCUAAUUUGGAUGAAGCAUUCGUGAAAGUAGGAAAAGUAAACCUUGGGAAACCUUUUCCUCAGGGAAUUAGGAUUUAUGAAGAGGACAUUGAUUGGCCACAUGAUUUCCUGCAGACCCCUAGUUCCAUAUGCAGUCAGAGCUGUGUCCCUGGAUUCAGAAAGGCAGCUCGUGAAGGGGAGCCCAUCUGCUGCUUUGACUGUACUCGAUGCCUUGAUGGGCAGAUUUCCAAUCAGACAAAUGCAGAACAAUGUCUGAAAUGCUCUGAAGAUCAAUUCCCAAAUACAGAAAGAGAUCGAUGCCUCCCUAAGACUGUAACCUUUCUGAAAUAUGGUGAACCUCUGGGAAUUGCUCUGACAUCUUCAGCUCUUUGCUUCUCACUCUUCACUGUUUUUGUCCUAGGACUUUUUGUGAAGCACAGAGACACUCCCAUAGUUAAGGCCAAUAACCGCAGCCUCAGCUACAUACUGCUCAUCUCCCUUACCCUCUGCUUCCUCUGCUCCUUGUUUUUCAUUGGCCAUCCAAGCACAGCCACCUGUCUGCUCAGGCAAACCAUGUUUGCAGUUGUGUUCACUAUAGCCAUUGCCUCCAUUUUAGCCAAGACAAUCACUCUGUUUCUGGCCUUCAAGGCCACAAAGCCAGGGAGCAGACUCAAGAAAUGGCUAGGCUCCAAAACAUCAUUUUGUCUCAUCCUUAUUUGUAGUCUAAUCCAAAUGUGUUUCUGUGGUAUUUGGCUAGGAAUGUCGCCCCCUUAUAUGGAUAUAGAUAUACACUCUGAACCUGGUCAAAUUAUCAUUCAGUGUAAUGAGGGUUCUAUCAUUGCUUUUUACUGUGCCCUAGGUUACAUUGGUUUCCUAGCACUGGCGAGCUUUAUGGUAGCUUUCUUAGCCAGGAACCUGCCAGAUACUUUCAAUGAAUCUAAGUUCCUGACAUUUAGCAUGCUUUUGUUCUGUAGUGUCUGGAUCUCCUUCCUGUCCAUGUACCAGAGCACUAAGGGCAAGUUCAUGGUGGCUGUAGAGAUAUUUUCUAUAUUGGCCUCCAGUGCAGGGAUUCUCAUUUUCAUCUUUGCUCCCAAAUGUUAUAUAAUCCUUCUAAGAUCAGACAUAAAUACUUUAGAUCUACAGAAAAGGAAAGCUGAUCCCUGA